GAAUCGCCGGGCCUUUGAACUCGCCGACGGUGUGGAGGUGAAAUCGCGACUCGUCACAACAACCGGAAAAUAGAGCACUGUAGAUCGACAUACUGGGAAAUCUUGUCGCGAUACUGUCUGUCCAGGAACGUCACGGCUUCGACGACCCUGCAGCCGCAACAGCUUUCAGUGAGCUAGCCAUCGUAUCAAUCUCGUCCUCCGGGUAGGCACACGAGAACCAUGACUUACUACGAUGACCUGAUCGAAAAAGUCGUCGAUGGCGGCUACCUGCCCAUCUUCCUCCUGCGCCGGGGCAUCCGACAACAACUCCAGGAGCGGGUCAACAUCAUCAAGGCCACCAACUUGACCGAAAGCUACGAGACCAAGAUGAACUACGUCGACCUCCUCCGGAGCCGUCCCAUCGCCAUCGAGACCGCCGCCGCCAACACCCAGCACUAUGAGGUCGGCACCGGUGUCUUGUCCGCCUGUCUCGGCCCACGCAUGAAGUACAGCUGCUGCCUGUAUCCCAAGGGCACCGAGACCCUGGCGCAGGCGGAGAUUGCCAUGUUGGAGAGCUACGUGGAGAAGGCGCAGCUCAAGGACGGGAUGACCAUGUUCGACCUCGGCUGCGGCUGGGGUUCCCUCUCCCUCUACCUCGCCGAGGUCUUCCCCAACUCCCAAAUCACCGGCUUCUCCAACUCGCGCACCCAGAAGAUCUACAUCGACGGCGAAGCCCAGAAGAAGGGCCUGACCAACUUGACCAUCAUCACGGGCGACAUCGCGGAGUACGACUUCAAGGGGACGCCGCAAGAGGGCGCCUUCGACCGGGUGCUCUCGAUCGAGCUGUUCGAGCACAUGAAGAACUACGAGCUGCUGCUCUCCAAGGUCAGCAGCCUGCUGAAGCCGCGCGGCAAGCUGUUCGUGCACAUCUUCGCGCACAAGACGACGCCCUACGACUUCGAGACCGGCUGGAUGACGACCUUCUUCUUCACCGGCGGCACCAUGCCCAGCGCGGACCUCCUGUCGUUCUUCCAGAAAGACCUUAAUCUGGAGCGGCAGUGGUGGGUGAACGGCAAGCAUUACGCCAAGACCUGCGAGGAUUGGCUCAGCAAGAUGAACUCCUCCCGCAAGGCCAUCUGGCCGCAUCUCGAGGAGACGUAUGGCACCGGCCAUGAGACGAGCAAGUGGUUCCAUCGCUGGCAGGUUUUCUAUCUGGCGUGUGCGGAGCUGUUCGCGUGGGACGGCGGCGAGGAGUGGGGUGUUUGCCAUUACUUAUUUGAGAAGCCCGAGUGA